AUGGGGUACCCUUUCUAUUUCCCACUGUGGAAGGUCGAAGCAGGCUUAAUAGUGAGUCACAACUUAUACCACGACCCAGCAGUAACGAGAGUGCACCAGUUGCACAAUGUCAGUGAAGGUCAGACAGGGAGCAAUAACCAGGCACUCCUGCUGCUCCCUGUCAGUAAAGGCCUUGGCAGGGUGUGGAACCCCCAUCCAUACCCAGCAAUAAGACAUGUGCAAGCGUCCCCCGACUCACCGGCUCCGCGGGUCUCCCCGCGCCUCGCCUCUCUGGCUCCGUGGCGGCGGUGGCCAAGGCCCUUGGGGUCCGUUGCACUGUGUCCAGGCAACCGCGGCGGGGGCGGGGGCUGGAGGAGACGGGGUGACUGCCUGCCCGGGGCCUCCCAGCUCGUGGCCACCCCGCCUACCCGCGCCAACCCCGCGGCAGCCCUGGCUCCAGGCCACCUCCCUGCCCCUCCCGCUUUCUUUCCUACCCUACCCUCCCCACCAAAUUCCUUUUCCUCUUUGCUAGAAAGGAAAGAGCUGGGGACAACCCCUCCCUGCAGGAGUAAGAAGCUUGAAGCAUCCCAGGGAUUUGACAUUCGGACAUCCUCUAGUGUCAGCUUUGAAGACCUAAGGGCCAUGUGUGCGUGCAUACAGGCAGCUUCUAAGAGCUGUGAAUGACCUGAGGUUAUAAUCAGCAAGGAAAUCCUACAAAUGAAAAGAAAUUGAAACUGGAGUAACUUUGGAAGAGGAUUCUGAGCUCCAAAUGAUAAUGUUUUCCCAACACCUUAAUUAAAUAAGGCUUUGUAUGAGCAUACAACCCAGGUAAUCUCACCUACAGAACUGAAGGCUAAGACGUGGAUGUUGUUUGAAGCUGUCACAUAGGAUAAUUUGAUGCAAGGUAAAAGAAAGCUUAUUUACUUCAAAUAACAUAAGUGAAUACUUUAAAAUAAAUGUACAGCGAUGUCUUGGGAAAUCCAGGACAGAAUUGUAGCUGAAUC